AUGGUUGAUAAAACACUUACUGUUUUUGUGCUGCUGAUAUAUAUUGUAUCUUCAAUUAAUUCUUUGCCAUGUGAAAUAUUUUUUCGAAAAAAUAAAUUAGUGAAAGCAAAUAGAACAGUAAAUUGUGAAUCAAGUUCCUGCUGUUUUACGAUGGAAAUGAGUCAUGGUCGUCACAAGUAUUACAUGAAAGGUUGUGAUGCAGAUGCUAUCCAAGAUGAGAUGGAAGUAUAUGCCCCAGCACUGUCAGGUUCACCGUGGGAGACCAUUAUGGAAGCUUGCUUGGCUCAUGAAUGCAGAAUUCAUAAAAAUUUAAUUGGUGGUAAAGGUCAGACUUAUUUGUGCGGAUGUGGUAAUGAUUUAUGCAAUGAAAAAUCGUUCGAAGAUACAUUCCCACGACGAAGAAAUUCAGCGAAGCGAAGAAUGAAAGUUAGCAUGUCAAAAAAUUACUUUUUAUGGCUUGUCACUGCUUUUAUAGCUAUUUGCUAUUAG